CUCUCCACCUGUCGACACGAAGGCAGGUGUGUCGAAUGUUUUGGUUCCUCACAAACAGUUUGGCUCGUCGCUGCUGAGCCACCCAUCAGCUGUCUCGGUCACGUGAUUUUUCUUAAAGCGAUACAUGCAUCGACGCGUUGGUAUUGGUUCACCCAUAGAUAUAUGUAGUCAUGCUAUGGGUUCACCUGUCACUGCUGAGCACUGUCCGUCUUGAAUGUAUUGCUAACUCUGCUCCCCGCUGCUCUCAGCCACUUUCAGGAGACACAGUUCCCCUCCAACACGCCUGUCAGACGUGUUUUUUGAUGAUGUACCAGGAGUGAUUUCCGAGUCGCAGGACGGAGGAGUUGCGUGUGAUAAACUUAGAAUUUGAACCUUGGUCUCUGGCCCGCAGACAGGAGGCACAGCUUCCCUCAAAUAACUCUAGUAUUAAGGAUUGUGUGACGCUGAACACGUCUCUACUGCUGCUCAGGAAGCCAGAUCCUUGUCCCCACUCAUGUUUGUUCACACUGCGAGCUGCACUGAGGCGAGCUGGAGAAUCUGGUGGGCUUGUUCGAGAUAAACUGUACCUGGAAACCGAUUAAAUCAGGCAGCAUCAGACGGAGGUUUUGGAUUUAGCCGAGCUGCAAAUUCCUGGUAUAAAAAUGUGUGAUGAGGAGCAUUUCGGAGAGCACAGUGAGAUGUUCAUCAGUGAUGAUGUGGAUCAGCUGUCAGCCAGUGAUGAGUCUGAGCCUGAAGCACCACCCAACAAAGAACUGGAUCACGGUGAUGAUGAUGAUGAUGAUGAUGAUGACUCUGUUCCAGCUGCUCUUCACAAGGCUCAGGAUUCAUUCAGUUUGAGCGGAGGGUGCUCAGCUUUCUCAGACCGCUGUCACAGUAUCUUUGACUCACUAGACAGUGUUGACCGGCAGACGUCCUCCUCUCUGAGUGAAGACAACAUUAGAGACAUACUGUGUACUCAGCCUCCGGUCCCCAGCCGUAAGACGAGCCACCUUUUGUCCAACCGUCCCACGCCAAAGACGAGAGGAGUUCCAGAUUAUUUGCUGCACCCUGAGCGCUGGACACACUACAGUCUGGAGGACGUGCCCGAGACCAGCAAUCGGGACAACAGCAAGGUGGCGCUCUCCUUCCUGUCCAGUCUGCAGCAGGAGAGAAAAGUGGAUUCCUCCUGUGACAUCCAGCAAAGGAUGAUUUUCUCCAGAGCCAAGCGACUGAUGGAAGAACAAGAUUCUGAUCAGCUGUCAACUGUGAGAGCAAAAGAGAGGAGAAUGCACCUCAGCCACCUGGAGGAAGAGGAUGAGCGAGAGAGAGAGACUGAAGGAAGCAGAACAGAAAAAAGUGUAGAAAAGUCUGAGAAAAAAGACAAAGAUGAAGAGACAGAUAUAAGUGGACCUGCGUGUUGGCCAGAGGACGGCAAACAGGUGCAGAAAGAAAAGAAGCUAAAAGAGUCUAGCCAGGGCUUUACCUACUUCAGAAAUACAAAGGCUAAGAACUACAGAAAGAGCUCAGAAUGUUCAGACCGCUAACCCCAACACAAUUUAGUAUGAGCUCACAAACAGGAGAGCUUAUCUAUAACAUCAAGUCAUAUUGCUGUCCAGGCACACCAAACCACUCACUAGUUAGAGCAAUGCAUAUGUCACUCCUGACCCCCCACCCAGCUCCACUUAGAAGCGUUUGUUCUGGUUUGCCUGCAGCGAUGCCUAGCAGUAAUGUCACUGUGCCUUGGCUUUUCCAAAUAUGUUGAACUUGUGUGCAGAACAAUGUUUUUAGAAAGAAUUUUUCUAUCUUAUUUGGCCAUUUAGUUAUUUGUUUACAUUAGAAACACAGACUUGUAGAAUGGAUUUAACAACAUUCAUGAACAAAAGUUUACACACUUGUGAAGACCAUGUAUGUCAUGGUAGUUGUGAGUUUUUAAUAAACUCCUAGAACUCUUAAUUUUCUGUGAAGGAAUCAUUGAAACACAUGCAUCUUUUUCACAAAAACAAUCAUGCAUUUUGGUUAUUUAAAAAAUUUACUCUAGGUCUUUGGAAAUAUGACAAAAUGUGUUGGAUCCAAAAUGUAGGAAGUUAUGUUCUUACAUGUUUUCUUAGUGGCAUGACCUCUCAACUUCCUGUGAGCGAUUGACUACAGCUGCUGACUUCUGCUAGCCAGUUUAAACAUGGCCCAUUUGAUACAUUCAUUACUGCAGUGGGAAAUUCUAAUGAGCUGAGUACAGAUCUAAAAAUGCCAGUCAUUAACUUGAAUAAAUGAAGUCACUUGGAGCCAUUUCAAAGAUACUUCAGAUUCCAAAAUGAAUUGUAAGUGUAAAGUGCAUGGCACUGUUUGUCACUGCCACGAUCAGGAAAAAAAACACAAGCUUCUUCUGCUGAGAGACAGUCAGUCAGAAUGAGACAACCAAGAAUCGCCAACAAGUAGGUCUGCAGUAACACCUGAACACAGCUGUCAGAGUCCACAGGAGUGUUUUACAUCACCAUUAGCUGAGAGAGAGGAACCACAUCCUCCAGAUACAGUACCUUACAGUGUUACUUGCAGCUAAUCAUCACAUGGACAAAGAAAAAGUUCUUUUGGAGGAAAUUUGUGUAACAAGAGAAGGCCUUUAACCCAAAGAACACCAUACCUACUAUCAAGCAUGGCGGUGGCGGUGUAGUAUUAUGCUCUGGAGCUGUUUUGAUGUCUAUGCAAGUGGUGCUUUCCUCAAACUGAAUAUAUAUAUAUAUAUAUUUUAACUUAUUUUUUAUUUGAACAUCCAACACACAUACAUCUAUAACUUGCCACAAUUAUCACAUUUUCCCCUUUCAUCAGUCCUUUCAUUUGAGAUGUCCUUUUUCUUUUUUCCUCCCCCACCCUCCUCCGAUCCCCCUAUAGUCCAGUCAUUGUAGUAAUUGUUUAAAGAACAGAAAUUUCUUUUUGAAGUCUAACAGCAUAGGUAAUUUUUUUUCCAUCCAUCCAUUCUCUUUACACCGCUUUAUCCUCACUAGGGUCGCUGGGGUGCUGGAGUCUAUCCCGGCUGACUCGGGCGAAGGCAGGGGACACCCUGGACAGGUCACCAGUCUGUCGCAGGGCUACAUAUAUAGACAAACAAUCACACUCGCAUUCACAUCUACGGGCAAUUUAGAAUAGGCAAUUAACCUCAGCAUGUUUUUGGACUGUGGGAGGAAGCUGGAGUGCCCGGAGAAAACCCACACAUGCACAGGGAGAACAUGCAAACUCCAUGCAGAAAGAUCCCAGGCCCACCCCAGGAUUCAAACCGGGAUCUUCUUGCUGCAAGGCGAAAGUGCUAACCACUGCUCCACUGUGCAGCCCUGGUAAUGUUUUUUCCAUUUCAUAAAUCUCCCAUAACUUCAAAAUCCAGUCCUUAUAUGAAGGGGGUUCAGGUUUCAGCCAUCCAAAUGUAAUUCCCUUAAUGGCUGCAGCUAGUAGAAUUUGUAACAAAUAUGCAUUAUCUCGGCCUGUGACACCUUCUAUUACCUCCGCAUCCUUCAAGAAAGCCUAAAAUCAUCAGCCAGAAGGUUGGAUCUUGUAAGUAGUUGGAUGUUCCAACAAGACAAUGACCCCAAACACACAUUGAAAGUACAUAGUAAAGAAAUGGGCAAAUCAGGCUAGAAUUGAGGUUUAACAUUGGCCUCCUCAAGGUCCUGACUAAAACCCCGUUGGUGAUCUGUAAACUGUGCAGAAGAAACAAGUCUGUGUCAUAAGCCAUCAAAUUUAGCUGAGCUGCACCAAUUCUGUCAAGAGGAGUGGUCAAAGAUAGAACUAGAAGCUUGUGGACGGCUAUCAGUGGUAUCUAACCGAGGUAAAGAUGGCUAAGGGACAUUUAACCAAAUAUUUGAAUUGCUAUAUGUGUAAUUUUGCUCCAGCAGAUUUAGUCAUAUUUCUGAAAGACCAAAAAUAAAAUUAAGGAGUCAACCGAAAGUCAAGACUGCUUUGAUAUACAUAGUCUUCACAAGUAAAUAUCAAGUAAAUAUUAACUUUAGUUUAUGGCUGUAUUUGCUUAUCGGCUGAUAGUUCCCAUUCCCAGCUUUGACUUUAUGACACAGGAAUAAGUUAGUCACUCAGCUGGUUUCACAUCGUGUCGAGGAGUAUUUUGCAAAGUGAGUUCAGGAUAAUUUUUCAGCCUGCACUUCCAAAAAGAACAUUUCAUGACUCUGUUUUCCAUCAAGUGGUGGAGAUAACAUGCUUCAUUUGAUAACCGACUACAGCUCAAAAGAUUCGCCAAAGAAAGUUCUCAUUUCAGGGGGCAACGUUAACAUUUGAUGUCUCAAGGCAGAAGGCUGCUCUGUCUGAAUUACACACCUCACCGUUUUAUCAUUGUGAAUUUUGUUCAAUAAAUCGGUUGAUUUGAUUAACAGAUCAGCAACAGUAAAGUGACAGAAAACCAUCAGGUAUACUGGAAAGACUGCUGUUGUUCUGUUUCAACUGUUUUUAGAAUUUAGAAUAGAGAACCCAGCUUGAUUGCAGCUAUUGUCAUCACCAGUUUUUACCCACAGCUAGCCAGACUGUGGAGAAGAACUCCAACCAGUGUAUUCAUCUGCUUGUCUUUACUUUUUGAUUUUCAUUUUUUGUUGUAUUUUAGUCUCAUUCUUCACAUAAAAUAAUAAUUAUUGUGUCAAAUACUUUCAUAGAGUGUAUAUUUGGCAACACAGCAAAAAGGUGGCCAAUAAAAGUGCAAAAUAAAGUUUAAAAAAUUA